AACCAAAUCCACUAUGGAACAUUCUAGCUCACAUUCUUGUCCACAAUAUUAAUGUCUUAUGAAUCUUGAUUAAAUACUCAAGCAAUUUAUCAUCUAUUUUACCCUAGGUGCUGGAGAGAGAGAGAGAGAGAGAGAGAGAGAAUGGUUUGGAAGGAGGAAUACUUGGAUGUAGUCUUGGUCCCAAGUGGGUUAUUGAUCAUGCUGGCCUACCAUCUCUUCCUUCUCUACAGAUGCCGAAAAUUUCCUGAGACAACAGUCAUUGGCUAUGAGAACCACUACAGAAAAGCUUGGAUUGAGAGAAUCUUGCAGGUUGAAGUAAAGGAAAGAAGCCCUUGUCUAACAGUGAUAUCCAGCACCAUAUCAGCGGCAACUUUCUUUGCCUCAACCUCUCUGGCUUUAAGCUCUCUAAUUGGAGCCUGGGUGGGGAGCACUUCAAAUAACGUGAUUGAGAGUAGUCUCAUAUAUGGGAACAAAAGUCCGUCCAUCAUUUCCGUCAAAUAUAUCAGCCUUCUCUUCUUCUUCUUAGUUGCUUAUGCUUCUUUUCUCCAAUGUAUAAGGAGCUUAGUCCAUGCCAAUUUCCUAAUCAGUAUGCCAUACAGCGAUAUCCCGGCGAAGUAUGCGCAGAAGGCAAUGAUAAGGGGUGGUGCUUUCUGGUCCGUCGGUUUACGAGCAAUCUACUUUGCCGCCACAUUGCUGCUGUGGAUAUUUGGUCCAAUACCCAUGUUUGUUUCUUCAGUGACUAUGGUGGUGAUCUUGAACAUGCUUGAUACAAAUUCGACUCCGUUGCAUCAGUUCCAACCGGCCAAGAGCCCUAAUAUGCUAACUAAGAUUGUGUCAUGAUUCUAAGUGUCCCACAUAGGUCAAGUACAAUGUAAUAAAAUCUUGUGCAUUCUCUUUUUGUAUUAUUUGGUAUUGGUUCUACCACAUCGAGUAUGGAAUCGGACACAGCUCAUCGAGUAUGCAAUCUAAAAUGUUGUGGCUUUGUGGCAACCCUUUCGAUU